UAGUCGCUUCUCAUGGGUAUCAUCAUCAUAAUAACAAUCUGCAAUUCAACCAUUUUCCUCUUCUUAAUUUUAGGGCUUUUUCUCCACUCAUUCUCUGUUCCACACAGCCACUACUGCGUAUGGCUGGAAUCAGACUUCAGCCGGAAGACCCUGACGCCUCACAAGCUCGACCGCCAGCUUCGUCUGAUCUGAUCUCCGACGACGACCGGUCGGUUGCUGCGGACUCUUGGUCGAUUAAAAGCGACUACGGGAGUACUCUUGACGAUGAGCAACGUCACGCUGAUGCCUCCGAAGCACUCUCCGUCGCCAAUUUCCGUGCCGCCUCCGACUACAGUUCGGACAAAGAGGAGCCUGAUGCAGAAGCAGUUCAGUCAAUGUUGGGUUUCCAGAGUUAUUGGGACGCUCAAUAUGCAGAUGAACUAACAAAUUUUCGUGAACAUGGCCAUGCUGGUGAAGUUUGGUUUGGGGCUGAUGUUAUGGAAGUUGUUGCUUCUUGGACAAAAAGCUUAUGUGGUGAAUUUUCUCAAGGUCACUUGUCAAACCACGUGGAUGAUUCCAAUUGUGAAUCUGUUGGCCAGCUUGAGAAGGAACCUUUUAAUUGGAGCGUGCUUGACAUUGGGACUGGAAAUGGGCUUCUUCUCCAAGAGCUUGCCAAGCAGGGGUUCUCUGAUCUUACUGGAACUGAUUAUAGUGAAGGUGCCAUAGACCUUGCUCGGAGCCUUGCGCAUCGUGACGGUUUCACUAAUAUUAAAUUCUUGGUUGAUGACAUUCUUGAAACAAAGUUAGACAGGAAGUUUCAGCUUCUUGUUGAUAAAGGCACUUUAGAUGCUAUUGGACUUCAUCCUGAUGGUCCUGUGAAAAGGAUCAUGUACUGGGAUUCAGUAUCAAGUCUUGUGGCUCCUGGUGGAUUAUUGGUGAUUACCUCCUGUAACAGUACAAAAGAUGAACUGGUGCAAGAAGUUGAUGCUUUUAAUCAGAGAAGAAAUUCACCGUCCCAAGAGCUAGGAGCUAGUGGAGACCAAGAGGUAAAUAGAGACCCCCCUUUGUUCCGCUACGUUGAUCAUGUUCGCUCAUACCCAACAUUUAUGUUUGGAGGAUCAGUAGGAUCACGUGUUGCUACCGUGGCAUUCCAAAGGAACUGAAUAAUUGAGUGUCCGUAAUUUGUUGAGUUAGUUUCUUUCUCUUUGAAGGAAUUCCAUGUUUCAAUGAAUGUGUCUGUGACUUUGUCGAGGAUGCUAAUUUAUGUCAAGAUUAUUGAUGUCUCUGCUUUGCAAUGUGAGGCAUGUCUGGGUAAUACAAAUUUUUGGACAAGGUAACUUUAGUCCAAACAGAGAAGGAUUUGUGCUCAGAUCCUCUUAAGGUCAUCAUGACGAGCGUCUUGUUUUAGUCUAUUGCAAGUUACUGAUUUGUUUCC